GAUGCUGGUAUAAAAUUGCAAGCAGUUUCUUAGUGCGCAGUACAACGUAACACAAGUAGUACAUGGACCUUUACAGACAACGAUGAAAAUGUUCACCUCGGGUUCUGAGUUCCCUAUGCUGUGUCUCUUGACGUCACUACUGCCGUCAUUGAUCAGCGGCCAUGGCCGGAUGUUGGAUCCCCCCUCGCGCAUGUCAGCGUGGAUAUCUGGAUACCAGGUUCCGGUCAACCAUCUGGAUAAUGAGAUGAUGUGUGGGGGCCGGACUGUCCAGUGGCAACAAAAUGGCGGCAAGUGUGGCAUCUGUGGUGACCCCUGGUCAGGUCCACGCCUGUACGAGAGGCCGGACGGUGCCAUGGUACAGCACAACGUCAUCACCAAGGUCUAUGUAGAGGGCAGCACCAUCACCGUGCUGGUACAGAUUUUGUACAGCCACUUGGGCUGGAUAGAGUUUCGUCUAUGUGACAUCGCCAGCACUGGAGGUGUGGAAGCAACCCAGGCUUGUCUUGACCAGACCCUACUGACCAACCAGACAGGCAAGACCAGGUUUGAGAUCGGAGGGUCAACGCCCGGCUUCUACACCUACACGGUGGUGCUGCCCCGUGGGGUAACGUGUAAACAUUGCAUGUUGCAGUGGAAGUGGAACAAUGGCAAAGACUGGAACUGUGACGAUACCGGAUGUGGCAUAGGUUAUGGUCCACAAGAGCAAUUCUACGCUUGCGCAGACAUAACGAUCUCUCCACAAAACGGCUUUUCGGACACGACCACAAAAUCCAGCCCCACUACUAGAACUAGUACCACAACCACUAAACCCAUCACCACUACCAGAACCAUCACCAGCACGACCAAACCUACAACAACAUCUUCUACUGUUCGAAUUGUAUCACCAACAUACUUUGACAAAUUUAACUUCUUCAAAAACUACACCGCAUCCACUAUGUCAAGACUCAACUACUUCCCCACCGCCAGUCCUAAAUUUGACGUCCGGAAUUUUGACUUCUACAACAUGAUCAGCGCCCUACCUGACGUCAACAACAGCUACUACAACGGUAACAUUACCAAGGCUAACGAGGAUACCAGAAACCGUGUCUGUGCUUAUUGUAAAAUGAACGGCUGUCUCUUUGAUUGCAGUACCAGAUGCCCCGAAAUCUGUCCCAGAACAUACUUUACAUACAAGGGUUAAUUAAACCUAAUGCCCCGAAAUCUGUCCUAGAGAGUACCUCACAUACAAUGGGUAAUUAAACUUAAUUUGAUAUGUGAAUUAUCAGACAAAAAUUUAUUGUUUCUGAACAAAAGUAUAGAGAUGAAUAAACUC